GUUGACUUGUUUCUUUUUUUCAUCUUGGAUACCUAAGAUACCUUUGGGAUGGCCGACCGGACCGUUCCACAUGCCUACCCGAUGAGUCUGAACUAUGAGAUGUGCACACCGGCUCGGAUCUACGAUCAGAACUUCGCAGAGGCUCUGAGUCCUCAGGACCUGAUGGCCCCGGUGCUGUACCACGGCUACUACAUCCGGCCCCGCAUCAACAAGCAGCUGGAGCGAGGCUUCUCGCAGGUGGACGGCGAGGACGACUGGUACCGCGUCCAGCUCGACGUCUGCCAGUUCGCCCCGGACGAGCUGAGCGUACGGACCGUGGACAACCUGCUGGAGGUGACCGGCCGACACGGUCAGAAAACAGACGAGCACGGUUUCGUGUCCCGGGAGUUCACUCGAACCUACAUCCUUCCGAUCGGCGUGGAUCCGCUGCUGCUUCAGGUGUCGCUCUCUCACGACGGGAUUCUGUGCAUCCAGGCACAGAGGAAGAUCCAGGAUCUGGAACCUAAAGUCAAGGAGCUCAAGAUCAACGUGGAUCAGAAAGGAGGGAAGAGCAGCUGAAAUGGACUGUGGGGUUCAAGCCAUUUUUCUUAGGAUAGCAAGGCAUUUUCCAGAUCUGGGCACAUCCCCAAGCUGCUUUUACAUCUGAAACGUUCAUGCUGACUGGGUCUCUACUCAAAAUUAAAGGGUUUAAGGCUGUUUGUGAUAAAGAAAACUGAUCAUAUUCAGACUUUCUUGAUAGAUGAGCACUUAUGCUCACAGUUGAUGUGAAAAAGUCCAUGUACACAUGUAUGAAUGUCAUGACAGGUUUGGGAUUUCAGUGAUUUCUGCUAUUGUUCUGCUUCUGUCUGUGAUUGGAAUACAUACACUAUAUGGCCAAAAGUAUGUGAACGCCGGUCUGUAAAGCUGCUCUGAUGACAAACUGGGAAGCAGAUAAACCAUAAUAUUCAGAUAUGCUUAAAAUGCCCCCCCACAAUAUACUGAUGUAAAAAUUAUAAAUCAACAUAUUCCACUCAAUAGCUUUGCGUAAUGUUAGGAUCCAUCAGUGUUCCCGAUAGUUAUUGAUAUGGCAGAAAAGCUUUAGAACGGCAGGAACCCCUGUCCACCACGCCCCAUAGAUUUUGCCAGCCCCAAUAUUCAGUUCCCAUCCCAGGUGGAUUUGGUUCCCCAACUGUUCUGGUAUCCUGUUAAAAAUAAUUUCUUUCUCCUCG